AAUGAACACUUCUACAAACAAAGAGGAUUUUAAAGAUUGGGGUGAUUUUGAUCGAAGUAUUAAAUAUUUGGAUAAUAAAUAUUUAAAAGAAAAAAAACCCCCAGAUUUACAAGAAAUUAGGAAAAAAAAUUACAAAAUGCCUGAACCUGUUGUUCUAUCUGUUGUUCCAGAAGAAGAUGAUAGACUUCCAUAUGAAAAGAUAGAAAUUACAGAAGACCGUGUUACAAGAAUAAGAGAAUGGCUUAUACAAAAACGAGAUUAUAGAGGCAAAGCUGAAACUUUUGACACAAUCAUGGAUGAUUUUUGA